AUGUCCGGCUUGUCGAUAUUGCUAUGCGUGGCCACUUCUCUGCAGGCACGCUACGCUCGGGCAGAACGCACCGACGCCGACAGCAUUUUAUCCCUGGUCGACCCCAUCAUCGGCACCACGAACGGCGGCCAUGUCUUUCCGGGAGCCACUUUGCCAUUUGCCAUGGCUAAGGCUGUGGCCGAUGUGAAUUUCGAAAACCAGGCUGGCUACUCGUCCUACCCGGACGACAUAACCCAAUGUCUGUCCUGCUCCUCGCCUCCGUACACUGGCAGUAUCACAGGUUUCAGUCACAUGCACGAUUCUGGUACUGGAGGAUCACCCUCACUCGGCAACUUUCCCAUAUUUCCUCAGGCCGGAUGUCCAGACGACGACCUUAACCGGUGUGUGUUUGCCACCGCCGACCGAGCGGUUCCGCGAGUCAAUGGCUCCGCGGAAGCUCAUCCGGGCUACUUUGCUAUUACCAUGCAGACCCAAAUCAAAGCAGAAAUGACUACUACAAAUCAUACCGCCCUAUAUCGAUUUACCUUUCCAGAGCAACCAACGGAAAAGAAUGCGACUCUCAGCCCACUUAUUCUAGCAGACCUUACAGAUCUACCCCGAUCCAGAAGCAAUGGCUCAAUUUCUGUAGACGGAGAGAGUGGCCGCAUCUCAGGGAGCGGCGUCUUCAAUCCCAGCUUUGGGAUCGGCAGCUACGAGUUGUUCUUCUGCGCCGACUUCUCUGGAGCUGACCUUCGAGAUACGGGUGUUUUCAUGAACACCCGAGCUGGAAGCGAGCCAAAGAAUCUUUCUGUAUACACGGAUGGUAUUAACAGAGUCCUUCCUGCAGGCGCCUGGGCUAGAUUCAAGGCACCAAAGAGUAACAACCAGAUCCUUGCUCGUGUUGGCGUAAGCUUCAUCAGUACUAAGCAGGCCUGCAGUAGCGCAGAGAAAGAGAUCCCAGACUUCGACUUCGACAGCGUCCAUAGCGCGGCGCGGCAAGCGUGGGACGAUACUUUGAAUGUCAUUGAAGUCAGUCCUAGCGGUGUGAACUCCAGCCUGCUGCGCACUUUUUGGAGCGGUGUAUACCGCGCCGGCAUAUCCCCGCAGGACUACACUGGCGAGAACCCGCUGUGGGAAAGUGAUGAGCCAUACUACGAUUCUUACUAUUGCAUCUGGGACUCUUAUCGUAGCAUCCACUCCUUGAUCACCCUCCUAGACCCGCUACACCAGAUCAAGAUGAUUCGCAGCCUGAUCGACAUCUAUCGACACGAAGGCUGGCUUCCAGAUUGCCGCAUGAGUCUCUGCAAAGGCUUUACGCAAGGCGGCUCGAACGCCGAUGUGGUUCUUGCCGACACAUAUGUAAAGAUGAAGCAGCUGGCUGCCGAUCAUGGCGUUGACUGGACAAUGGGCUACGAAGCUGUGAAGAAGGACGCUGAGGCCGAGCCACCAAACUGGUCUGUCGAGGGCCGUGGAGGUCUGCAUUCUUGGAAGAAUCUCAAAUACGUUCCUACUAACGAUUACGAUCCCUACGGCGUGGGCCCGUUCUCGAGAAGCAUUUCGCGGACUGUCGAGUACGCUUAUGACGACUUUUGCAUCGCUGAGAUGGCCCAUGGUGAAGGCAAUAUGGCCGAUUACGAGAAAUACGUUGACACAUCCGGGUACUGGGCCAAUAUGUGGAAAGCCGACCAGAAGUCGUCAAUAAAUGGCACCGAUACUGGUUUCACGGGCUUCCUCAUGCCGAAGUUCCUCAAUGGUACUUGGGGAGACCAGGAUCCCAUCUUCUGUUCGCCGUUGUCGAAUUUCACAUCCUGUUACCUAAACCCAGAUGGUCACGAAACGUAUGAAGGCUCUUCGUGGAUGUACAGCUUCUAUGUUCCUCAUGACAUGGCGUCCUUGAUCACCACCCAAGGCGGCGCUGACACCUUCGUCAAGCGACUCGACUUUCUUCACGAGAGCGGUCUCCUCUACAUUGGUGACGAGCAGGGUUUCCUGCUAACUUACCUCUAUCAUUACGCCGGCCGCCCUGGAAAGAGCGCCGAGCGCAUUCACUUCUACAUUCCAUCGCAAUUCAACGACACAGUGAAUGGCAUUCCAGGAAACGACGACUCUGGAGCUAUGGGAUCGUUCGUCGCACUUUCCAUGAUGGGAAUAUUCCCCAAUGCAGGCCAGGACGUCUACUUCAUUACAGCUCCAUUCUUUGAGGAGGUCUCGAUUAACAACAAGCUUACCGGAAAGAAGGCGACCAUUCGCAACGUGAAUUUCGAUGCAGACUACAAGAAUAUCUACAUCCAGAAUGCCACCCUGGACGGCAAGCCGUAUGCCAAGAACUGGAUCUCACACAGCUUCUUCCUGAAUGGAGGCGUGCUAGAGCUCACCCUUGGUCCGAAAGAAGGCUCUUGGGGCACUGCGGCUGAUGCCUUACCUCCAAGCAUCUCCACGAGCAGAAACACGACCUAUGGCGCGAUGUACAUGUAGAACUUGUACUCCAAAGAAGAAGAUAGCCUUGACUACUAAGACUAAUGAAAUUCAUAACUCAUC